GUCAUUUACAUUUAGUCCAAUAUGGCUGACGGGAAAAAGGAUUUCUCGUCGACGUCAUGCAAGGAUUGGACAUAUCUAAGAACAUAAUUUGUCAGUGCCUGUCUUGUUUAAUUUAACUGUAUUUCUGUCUGCCUUAUGAAUGAGGACUAACUCACAGUUCAAGACUAGGAGAAGUCUGGCCUAAAGUGUGUGGAGCUCUAAAGUGGACAUUAAUAGUAUUGAAAGUGAGAGAUCGUAUUGUGGUCCAUUACCUCAGCCUUCUUCGGGUCAUGCUGAGAAUGUCGGCUAUAGACAACAGUAGCCACCCAUCCUGACCCUUUCUUGCUUCUGGAAAAUGGAUGAGCAGCGAGUAGCAGAUUACUUUGUGGUUGCGGGGCUAGGCGAAGGGGCCCUGCCUUUAGAAGAGAUUUCCAAUGAGGCUGCCAUCAAACCCAGCUAUCACCAGGAUCCCAUUAUAGACAUUGCUGUCAUCAACCGCAGUGCUGGCGAGAAGGUUCCAAACAACUAUAAUUGUCUCGAACUAACACCUACUGGUUUCCCUGCCAACUUAAAUCAUGGUGCCAUCCGAUGCCCAGACCUCUUUAUCUGCUACAGACGAGGGCGUGACAAGCCACCACUCAAGGACAUUGGAAUUUUGUACGAGGGUAAGGAACGGGUGAUGGAAGGUUGUGAAGUGGUCCACACUACUCCUUUUGGCCGCCCAGCCAAUGUCAACAAUAGCAAUAGCAGUCGCAUCUACAUUACCUACCGCCGUGCUUCAGACACUGCAGCUAGUGACACACUGGUGGUGGUGGAUUUGUGCAUAAUACUGGGAAAUAAGGGGGAAGAGCCACCACUUACGUACAAUCAAAUUCACAAGAACCUAAACAAGGGCAUGGUGGGUUCAGAUGUAUUCCUGUGUUACAAGAAAGCCAUGGUGAAAACGGAUGUGCUUGCUUACAAACCAACAAUCUUAGGCAGGUACCCAGAAGAAGAUUAUGAAAACUUCCCUUUGCCAGAAUCGGUUCCUAUGUUUUGCUUACCCAUGGGUGCCACAGUAGAGAGCUGGUCAGCCAAGGCAAAGCACCCUUUACCCACCUUCUCUACCUUCAUCCUCACUCUUGCAGGUGGUGAAAAGGUCUAUGGAGCAGCGGUUUCCUUUUACGAGGAGUUCCCAGAAAGUCAGCUGACAGAUAUGCAGAUGCGUGCUUUGGGACUAAAGAACCGUAGCAUUCGAGAACAGUACAACAUUCAGAGGACUGUCCAUGUUCGGAAAGCAAUUUGUCUGCUGUCACACUGGCCAUUCUUUGAUGCCUUUAAGAAAUUUUUGUCCCAACUGUACAAAAUGUCUGUCACUGGUCCCCACACUGUGCCAAUAGAACGACAUAUUUCACACUUCAUGUAUGAUGUUCCAUACCCUUCACCUCAGCGACCUCGUAUUUUGGUGCAGCUUGCUCAUGGUUCGCUGUCACUGUGCAUGCCAGAGGACUCACCACUUCCACAGAGUGGUGCCUCGUUCAUCACGUUGCUGCGAAAUCUAGGGCCAGAAUUAUGUAUUAACCUGCUUCUGUACACACUGCUGGAGAAUAAGAUCCUUUUACACUCAUUACGCCCGACUGUCCUGACUGAGGUGGCAGAGGCUGUGACCUCAAUGAUUUUUCCAUUCCACUGGCAGUGCCCAUACAUCCCACUGUGCCCACUGGGACUUUCAGAUGUUCUAAAUGCUCCGUGUCCUUUUAUUGUGGGCAUUGAUUCUCGUUACUUUGAUUUGUAUGAUCCUCCACCUGACAUCAUUUGUGUGGACCUGGAUACCAGCAGGAUUUGGUUACCAGAAGACAAGAAACAGUUGAUAUUCAAGAUAAUGCCAAAGAAGGCAGUGCGAUUGCUGCAAGAUUCUCUUUAUCGUCUGUUUGAAAUGGCUGCACCAGACACACCGCAAGGCAAUGAAGAUCUCAAUGUAGAGAUGGCUAAUGUAGACUUUGACUUCAAACGAAAAAAGAAACAGAUGCAGAUGGAGCUUCUCAUUCAGGAGGCCUUUCUGCGUUUCAUGGCUAUCCUGUUGCGUGACUAUAAACAGUACCUCAACCCCAUCACGAAGCAACCCAACAGUCGUGCAACUGAUGCAAGCUCCUUGUUUGAUAUGCAAGGUUUCUUGAAGAGUAGAGAUAAAGCCAACAUCAAGUUCUAUACACAGAUGAUGAAGACACAGAUGUUCUUUCGUUUCAUUGAAGAAAGGUCUUUUGUAUCUGACAAAGAUGCAAGCCUGGCUUUCUUUGAUGAAUGCACAGAGACCAUUAGCAUGAAUGAUGAAACACGUGAAGAUAUCAGACUCAUAGAGAUAGACAAUUCCAAAACAAGUGACAGAACAGUAUUCAUCACACCUCCAGAGCCUGUUGGCUUACCAGAGGGUGUAACUUACAGUUACGAUAGUUUCCCCCAGCUUAAACCAGAACUAUUUCUGAAGAAGAAGCUGUCCACUCUGUCUUUGCCUGGCAAACAGGCUGUAUGUCCCAACAGUCCACUAGCUCGGCGAUCCAAACAGGAGAUCAAGUCUUCUCAGAAACUUGCACUGCAACAUUUAGGCAAGCCAAAUAGUUGGGCACGGUGCCUGCUGGCUCAGUGCUACAGCCUCUGGUUUAUCAGUUUUCCGGCUUUUAUCCACUGCCAUCCAAAGAAGCUAGAGGCUCUCAAAGUGGGGUUAGCUGUCCUGCAAAAGAUGCAAGCAGCCAGACCACCUUUUGUAGAUCAGGUGUGUUAUCGGGUGCUCAUGCAGUUGGCUGGGCAGUAUAACAAGCCAGGUCUUGCUGUGCAAGUAUUGUCGCUUAUGAAAAAAAAUGGUGUACAGCCCAAUGCCAUUACGUAUGGCUACUACAACAGGGUCAUGCUAGAAGCCAAAUGGCCAUCCCCAAUGUCCAAGGGAAAACUAAGGUGGACCAAAAUCCGCAACGUCAUAAUUGGUGUAGCCCAGUUUCGCAAGGCCAUACGACGACGUUCUUUGUCGUUGUACUCUAACUCGGGCUCUGAGUAUGAUCAGAUCAGUCAUGCCAGUGUCGACAGCUAUCUUGAUGACCAUGGGGACAAACCUGCUACAGAGACAAGUAUUAAACCUGUCUUCACGCCUGAUAUACAGGACACUAAUGCUGGUGUUGCUAGCCUUGGGGACACUGGCAGUGGGAGCAUGACAGAAGGAGGUGGCAUGACAACAGUUCCUGCCAACAUGGAGGACAGAAUAAGUACAGGAGGGGUCUCAGAUAUGGGCUACAACUCAAUGACUCAGGAGGAUGUUCAUCAUUUAUCCAAACUGAUGAGUGUAGAAGGAGAGAGCUUACCCUCAUCAACUUCUUCACCCACAACCUCUGAGUCUGAUCCUUCAAACACAAGACCAAAAUCCAAGUCAGACUCUUGGAACCCUCUUCGUCUCAGUUUCCGACAAAGAAAACCACGACACCAUGUAGAGAAACAUAAAACAGGCAGCAUUGUCCGCAAGUCCAUCUCCUCCUUCUCAGAGCAGGAUAACAUCGAGAAUAUGAAGGGAAUUUUGUUUGGAAGCUCAGCAGGUUUGCUAAUGGUGAGCCAAGUAUUCCUGGAACAUGGCUCUUACUUGGCCAGUGGAGAUCUACGACAGGAAAUGGAAGAAGCAUCCAGAAGGCGUCACAAGAGUGAAGGGGCAGGAGGACCAAAACCUGCUCGUUCCAUGAGCUUAUUUGCUUCCUGGCGUCCUAAAAGUAGCACCAAUGGAGACUCCAGUAAGGUGACACCUGUGAGAUUCUCGGAACUAGUGCGCAGUGAGGAAGAUGAUGUGUCAUUUUCAAGCGUUCAUUCAACAGACAAUGUGCACCAGAAGGCAGAUGUUACCACAGUACUAAUUAGUGACUUCCCAUCUGAAGAGAAGUCUGAAAUAAAAGACAGUGGAGUGGAACUUGAUGAAAAUCAGCCUCUUGGCGGGGAAAAUGAGACUGGAGUGGCAGAAGGAGGGUGCGGGGAAGGCACUUCUCUAAUCGAGUUAGCGAUGGAAGAAAAAUACAGUAUUGUGAGCACCAAAACAGAUAUGGAACAGCUGGUAGACAUGGAGGAGAGAAAUGGGUGUGAAGCAGGAGGCAAGGGUGAUGGGAACAGAAAUGGUGUGGAUCUCACUCAGGUUGUGUUCGUGGGUGACCUAGGUUCACGAUUAGGAUGUGUUUUACCUGUGACACUGGAGGAGCAGCCAGAUAGUCCAGAUAAUAUGUGCAAUAGCAGAACAGAGGAAAAUGCAGUUUUGAGGGGUGUGGAUAGAUUUGUGAGCACAAGUGACAGUAGCAAGUCUCCCUCCACAUUGGAAUCAGUGGUACGUCGUGCAAGUGACACAAUGGCUUCCUUUAAAACCCCUGCAUCCCUGGCAGCUUUAGGACGCACCAUGAGUACAGGCGCUCAGCCUGGAACAGCCCCAAGUACUCCUAGUAAAAAACAGAACAGUAGUCAGGACUCUGUGAACUCAGUUUCAGAACCACAGAAGUCCACUGAGAGUACAUCAGAGUACACUUUCCGCAGAUCUCAUAGUUUACGUCUCACAAACGACAUGAUGCAGAAAACCAAUGAGGCGAUCAGUGGCUUUCUUAGGUUUGCAUCCAAAGCAGCUUAUAGUAAACUUAAUGAGCUCAAGCAGUCAAUCACCACACCUAUUCGCAAUGCCACCAGCCAGUCUUCUCUUGCUCGUUCCAGUGAGGAACUAGAUGGGGCAGGAUCUGAUCGUGGCAGUGCUGUUGGUUGUGAUGAUGGCAACAGUAGCACCAGUGGCACUGUCAAGGAACGGCAGCGUAUGGGUGGCAGCCAGGAUAUGCUAAGCACCAGUGAAAGCAGCUUCACAGAGAGUGUAGGCCAGCGACAUUCUCAGACUUCUUUUGGUAGCGUUCCUUCUCCUUCAUACCUGGACAAUUUUUGCCCAUUACGAGAAAUCCGUUCCAACAGCAUAGGAGCAAACAUCAAUGACAACAGUCUUAUGACUAUCGCCAUGGAAGUGGAAAUGUCAUCCUGCUCUCGCUGUGGGCGAUGUCAUCGCCUUGUCUAUGAUGAAGAAAUCAUGGCCGGGUGGUCUGCAGAUGAUUCCAACCUCAACACCUCGUGUCCAUUUUGCCCUGCCAAAUUUGUGCCUAACCUGCAAGUCUAUGUGAAGGAUUGGCGUGGUCAGCGAAAGUCUAUGAUGCUGUCCACAGAAUCCAGUCCAGAGGGUUUGUGUCCCUCAGCAGAUCCCGCUCUUUCUCCGACCAGCCCCACUCAUAUUUCAUUGACUCCUACCCUCAAGGAGUCAACUGCUUUGAAUGAAAAUGAGGUGGGCAGUGACAAAGAUGAUGCUGACAUUCCUGAGACUAUGGUCAGUUCCAUGCACCUGGAUGAAUUCCCACUUAGCUUGGAAGAGGCAGCAGUCGCUGUUAGGCGGCGGUGUACGAGUGAAUGCCUCAGCAGUAUUUCAGAGACAUUUGGCUCUGGGGAUGGUGGUGCUGGGAAUGGCUACUACAAUGUCUACCCCGGUGGCACAGGUCCUUCAAAAUCUCCCCUUAACUUGUCAGGAGAUGAUGAGGUUGAUCUACCCACUCAUCCUUCACCUGUGCCUGAAAUGAAAAAAGAUUUUAUGACAAGGAGUACCUGCACAGCAGAACCCCAGGUAUUUCCAUACCUGAGCCCUCUGGUGCUAAGGAAAGAACUAGAGUAUGUAAUAGAUCAUGAAGGAGAUCUGUGUCUGGCCAGCCAGUCCUUCUUGGAGCAGCAUCCAAUUUUGUUCUGGAACUUGAUUUGGUAUUGGCGAAGGCUUGAAGUGCCAACCCAUCUCUCUAAUUUCCUUUUAAGUACAGGCAGCAUAUGUUCUCCAGAGACAUUGACAAAACAACAAGAUAUGUAUGACAGUCAGAAUGUCUUGGUGCGAACUCUUUGGGAUAAUGUGAGAAUCCACGAUGAGGUGGGACUGCCCAUGUACAUGGCUUGGAAUGCAGGUCACAGAUCAACAGUUGUUGAUGCAUUGGUCACAGAGGCAGAGUCAUUCAGCAGGCCAUUAAUGUACCAGAUCAUCUCAUCAAUUCAACGUAGUGAUAUGCUGAAUGCCAUUAAGCAGGUGAUGGGAGGGCGCCGCAGGCUUGGGCAAAAGCGACGAUUCCGCAGCAUGUACCGUGAAAUUCUUUUCCUGUCUUUUGUGGCAUGUGGUCGAGAAAAUAUUGAUCAUGAUGCAUUUGAUAGAGAGUAUGCUCUUGCCUUUAAAAAACUGUCCCAAGGAGAGAUCCGUAGACUGCAACCUGAUGAUAAGCCUCGCUCCAAUCAUAUUUUGUGGUGUCGACGAGUAUUUUCAGAACUUGAGGUGUAGGCAAUGGACCACACAAAAUCUACACAAGGUUUAAUCAUUUUUUCUGAGAUGGAUCAGUAUUCCUAAGAGACAUAUGUGUCACUUGUUGCAGUCAGGAAGUUGCUGUUGUGUUUAAUGGUGCUCUUAAUGCUAAGAGACACUUGUGUGAUUAUGGUUGAAAGGAUUUUUUUUCCU